GUGGAGGAAAAAUCCUGGAAUGGUAACGCGCCGAUAACCAAGAUUGUGGUACAGUAGUUAUUAAAUCCACAGUAUCUCUAUUUUUUCCCAAUAUUAUUUAAAAAAAGAAGUGAGCAGAGGAUUCCUUGUAGCUUAAAAUAAUAAUUCAGAUAAAAUGGUUGACUACAGCAAGUGGAAGGAUAUAGAAAUUUCAGAUGAUGAAGAUGACACUCAUCCAAACAUUGACACCCCCUCGCUAUUUCGCUGGCGUCAUCAAGCUAGAAUGGAGCGAAUGGAAGAGCGAAAACGUGAAAAGGAGGAAUUGGAAAAGAAGAAGAAUGAGACCCUCCAAAAACUCAAAGAGACCAAACAAAAAAUCGAUAAACUGGAAAAAGAACAGGUGAUCACCGAGGACCUGGACUCGAUGAAGAAAGCCCUUCAGCAGUUGGAGCUCGAGGAGAUGAAGGUGAUAGAGAAAGAGCAGGAGUUGGAGAAAAAGGAAAAACUCACUCCCUGGAACGUGGACACAAUAGCCCAGCCUGGUUUUGCCAAAACUGUCAUUAACACUAAACCUCGUAGGACUGAUGAGGAUGCAGACCUGCCAGACGACAUCAAAGAGCAAAAAAUGAAGGACUUCAUCAAGGAGAAUGAGAAAAAACUCAAAAAAUUCGGUAUGCUGAGGAAGCACGACGACAGUAAAGCAUACCUCCAGGAAAACCCCCAAUUGGUCUGCGAGAACACAGCAAAUUACUUAGUAAUCUGGUGUAUGAACCUGGAGAUGGAGGAGAAACACGAUUUAAUGGAGCACGUGGCACACCAGUGCAUCUGCAUGCAAUACAUCCUCGAAUUAUCGAAACAACUGAAUAUAGAUCCCCGUGCAUGCGUCGGUUCAUUCUUUAGUCGUAUUCAAAUAGCCGAAGUCGAGUACAAAAAAUCAUUCGAUGACGAACUCACCGCAUUCAAAGACAGAAUUCGCAAACGAGCCGCUGAAAAAAUAGCUGAGGUUAUAAAAGAGGCUGAGGAGGAGGAGAAAAAAACGAGACUGGGACCCGGCGGUCUAGAUCCACUUGAAGUAUUCAACAGCCUUCCCGAGCCACUUCAAAAGUGCUUCGAGAGUCAGGAUAUUCCACUACUCCAAAAAACCAUCUCAGAAAUGCCCGAGGAUGAGGCGAGAUAUCACAUGAAACGAUGCAUCGACAGUGGACUCUGGGUGCCAGAUGCCAACAGCAAACAAAAUGGAGAUGAGGAAGAGCCCAUUUACUCAGAAGCUAAGGAUGUACCAACACCUGAUCCGGAAUGACUCAAUCCUCAUACACCCCGGACGGAUUUUCAUCGUUCAGCUGGAGUGAAACUGGUGAACGUCAUUUUGUAAAUUUUCGAACUGAAUUUUCUUUUUUAAUCUAAUCCCAAGCAGAAGAUAAUUAAAAGAAUGGAUAAUAUAUCUUCUGUUACUCGUUAUUGUAGAUUAAUAUCGGAAAUGAUCUGGUGAUAAUCAAUAAAUACACCUCGUGGACAUUGAAAAA